AUGGAAGUGCGUCUGGUCUUGAAACAGGAGCCUGCGUUCUCAGGUCAUGGACAAAGCUGUGUGUGUGCCCUGCCAUAUGUUGACACAUUUAUUUCCCAAACGCUAAAAGGGGAAAAUCUAUCCAAGAAAGCAAAAGAAAACAGGGAGGUUCUUCUUAAGAAGAUAAAAGAUGUUAAGGCAAGUUAUCCCCAAGAAUUCCAGGACAAAGAACUGGAAGAUGAGGAGGAGUUGGAGGGCUCUUUGCCUCCUGAUAGUGUGUCAAUAGCAUCUGACCGAUACGAUAAAGAGGAUGAAGCACCUUCUGAUGGGAAUCAGUUUCCUCCUAUUGCAGCUCAAGAUCUUCACUUUGUUCUGAAGUCUGGGUACCUCGAAAAACGCAGAAAAGACCACAGUUUCCUUGGCUUUGAAUGGCAAAAGCGUUGGUGUGCUAUCAGUAAGACGGUCUUCUAUUAUUACGGAAGUGACAAAGACAAACAACAGAAAGGUGAAUUUGCCUUAGAGGGCUACACCAUCAGAAUGAAUAAUAGUCUCCGGAAGGAUGCAAAGAAAGAUUGCUGUUUUGAAAUCUCCGCUCCUGAUAAGCGCAUUUAUCAGUUUACAGCUGCCACUCCCAAAGAAGCAGAGGAAUGGGUACAGCAAGUGCAAUUUGUAAUUCAAGAUAUAGGAUCUAAUGCUAUUCCUGAGGAGAAGGAAGAGGAGGAAUAUGAUGAUGUUGGAGAAGUGAGCAGUGAAUCCCUAGAUGAUAGCAUUUAUGAAGAAGUUAAAGAAGAACGUGUUCCUUCAAAGGCUGAAGUGCCAAGAAAACUGAGUGAGGAGGAAGUUACCACUGUUUCAGAUAGCAAAAAUACCGACUAUGCCAAUUUCUAUCAAGGUUUGUGGGACUGCUCAGGAGAUGAACCUGAUGAGUUGACAUUUAAACGUGGAGACGUUAUCUUCAUCCUCAGCAAGGUACAGGAUGCUACUGGGGCUACCUCCUAUUUAAGAAAUCAAUUUCUAAAACCAAAAACAACUGAGUACGAUAGAUUUGGCUGGUGGGUAGGAGAAAUGAAGGGAACCAUUGGCUUGGUGCCUAAAGCCUACAUAAUGGAGAUGUAUGAUAUUUGA